CACUCCACCCAGAAUAUGCCUAGUGGCAUCAUUCCAUCAUCAACCAAAUAUCGCUCCAUUUUUAACCAUCUAAACAAGCCCCCCUCCCAUUUUCCCCCCCACCCCUCCCCUCCACUCUCUUUGCUUUCUCUCUCUAAAACUUUCUCUCUCUUCGGAGAGAAAUCAAUUUUCCAGCUGGGCUCUGUUUUCUUUUUCUUCCAUUGCCCCUGGAUUCUUGGUUUCCCCCUUUGUCUGCAUUUCAGAAUCCCUAUAUCCAUAUAUUUAUAUAUCAAGAUGAAGGUGGCUACUCCGAGGGAUUCUAUAAACAGGGUGUUUGAAAGAGUUGGGUUUGGCGGUGGUGGGACCACCACCACCACCCAGAAAAGGUGCAAGUACGCCAUUGAAGAUGAAGAACACAUGGAAUUGGAGCAAAUCGGUGCAGAGAGAACAAAAAAUGUUCUGAUUCUGAUGAGCGAUACCGGCGGCGGCCACCGCGCCUCCGCUGAGGCCAUCAGAGAUGCUUUCCAGAUCGAAUAUGGCGACGAAUACAGAAUUUUCGUAAAAGAUGUGUGGAAAGAAUACACCGGUUGGCCGUUGAACGACAUGGAAGGACAAUAUAAAUUCAUGGUAAAACACGUCCAACUUUGGAAAGUUGCGUUUCACGGGACUUCUCCUCGUUGGAUACACUCCGCUUAUCUUGCUGCAAUUGCUGCCUUUUACGCCAAGGAGGUGGAGGCGGGAUUAAUGGAGUACAAGCCCGAUAUAAUCAUCAGCGUACAUCCGCUCAUGCAACAUAUUCCUCUGUGGGUGCUCAAAUGGCAAGGCUUACAGAAGAAAGUCAUUUUUGUGACUGUCAUAACCGACCUCAAUACUUGCCACCGCACGUGGUUUCAUCCAAACGUGAAUCGGCUGUAUUGCCCUUCGGAGGAGGUAGCUAAGAGAGCUUUAUUCGACGGCCUUGAAGAAUCUCAAAUUCGCGUAUUUGGAUUGCCUAUUCGCCCCACCUUCUGUCGAGCAAUUAUAUCAAAGGAUGAUUUGAGGGUGGAGCUUGAGAUGGACGCGGAAUUGCCAGCUGUCCUUUUAAUGGGAGGGGGCGAGGGGAUGGGCCCCGUCAAGAAAACGGCAAAGGCUCUUGGAGAGUUUUUGUUCGAUAAAGAACUCGAGAAGCCGAUUGGACAGCUGGUGAUUAUUUGCGGGCGUAAUGCAGAGCUGGCUGCCACAUUGCAGUCUCUCGAUUGGAAAAUUCCGGUUAAGGUUAGAGGAUUCGAGAAGCAGAUGCAGAAAUGGAUGGGGGCUUGUGACUGCAUUAUUACUAAAGCUGGGCCGGGUACCAUUGCAGAGGCAUUGAUAAGAGGCCUUCCGAUUAUUCUCAACGAUUAUAUUCCUGGCCAAGAGAAAGGAAAUGUUCCGUACGUAGUGGACAAUGGGGCGGGGGUAUUUACGAGAAGCCCUAAAGAAACAGCGAGAAUUGUGGCUGACUGGUUCAGCACGAAAACGGAGGAGCGAAUGAGAAUGUCGGAGAAUGCGUUGAAACUAGCUCAACCAGAUGCCGUUUUCGAUAUUGUGAAGGACAUUCACGAGCUCGCGUGCCAACGGGGCCCGUUAUCGAACAUACCCUACAUGCUUACUUCGUCGUUUUCGAGUUUAAUAUACUAGAAAAAGAGAAACAUUUUACAUUCUUCUUCUUCUUCUUUAACUUUGUCCUUUUUCUUUUUUCUUGAAUAUAUAGAAAGAAAUGAUGUAGGUUUGCGUGUAGUAUCGUUGGUUAAUCUUGAUCGUGUAGAAAUCGAUUUUCUUCUUUUUUUUUUUUUUUAAAAUUUAGGGUGUUGGGGUAGAUAUUGUUGUGUGUUUGUUGUAUUCUUUUAGGUUAAGUUUACGAGUUAUCGUUUUGUUUUGAAUGGUAAAGAUGUACUCGGUGUAUUUUAUUCGGUGCAUCGUAAUAAACCGAAUAUAAAUGGAUGGUGAUGAAAAUUUACUUGCUUUCUUUUGAAGUGAA